GUGAGUGUAGGCAGUAGGGGAGUUUUCUGCUGGGGUCAGGAGGACUGUGAACAUACGAGGCGGAUCCUGCCCCAAACCCCCGUAUAUGAGUGGAGUCCUAGCAGCAAGAGAAAACAUCACAACUUUUUUUUUUCCUCUCUUGCCUCAAAGAGUCUACAUGUCUAGUGGCAUCUAGACAUGUUCAGCUUUGUGGAUUUGCGGCUGGCGCUGCUGCUCAGCGCAGCGGUCCUCCUGGUCCGGGCGCAGGGCGAGGACGACAAAACAGGUUCAAGCUGCACCUUGGACGGCCAGGUGUUUGCCGACCGGGAUGUGUGGAAGCCGGAGCCGUGCCAGAUCUGCGUGUGCGACAGCGGCACCGUGAUGUGCGAUGAGGUCAUCUGCGAGGACACCACUGACUGCCCAACCCCGUCAUCCCCCACGACGAGUGCUGCCCCAUCUGCCCCGACGACGGAGGCUUCCAGACCCCACAGGUUGAGGGCCCUGUAG